AUGGAAUCCGAAUUCUACAAUACAUUUUCGAGAGAGAGGAUGACGUCACAAUCCGUUCAUUCACCUUCAUCGCAAAAUACUGAUCUUCAAGAAUCAUCUAUUGAGAUAGAGAUUUGUAACGACGUAGAUGUGGAUUCAAAUGGGAAAAAAAAUUUGCAAACGUUUCAUGCAGCCCCAUCUCGGGAAGUAGUAAAAAACGAAAUUUAUGCAAAUGGGUCAAAGUUGUCUCUACCGGUGCGUUCGACUAGAUCCAAGCGUUUGACUUUGUCCUCUAUUGUAAUUCCAGAGAAAAACUGUGAAAAUAAAGUACGGGUCUAUCGUUUUAAUGCAAGGUCAAAAAAUGGCAAAACUGCAUAUUAUCGUUGUUCAACAUACAGUCAACAACGCUGGCUACCUAAUUUGAAAACUUAUGAUGGGAAGAUAGUGGGCGAUUCACAUCCACCACAUCAUCCUGAGUGUCAUCCAAUAUCUGUGAAUGCCCAGCAAGUGCAAGAAAUUGACAGGAUUUGUCGUACUCACGUGAAGCAAGGAACAAUGCAUCCAAAGCAGGCCUGGAAUAUGGGUUGUCAGAUGGCUGUGAAAAAGUGUGAAGAAGGGUAUAGUUCAUCAGAUGAAAUUCCAUUUCCGGAAUGGAGUAGAAUCGGUCGAAAAUAUCGUGAGCUAAGUCGUAUAAAGAAAAGAAAGCCAAUAUUUGAUGCUGAAAUGCUUAGCAGUAGUCCUCGGAUUAUGAGUCAAAUCGGUGAAGAAUCGUUUAUCGGUAGUGAUGGAGAGGUUCGUGAUUAUAUAGUAUCCGAUGGAUGUAGACAAUCAGCUGUACCUUCGAUUUUGGUGCGUGAAGAAGGUGGAAGUGCUUUUAGGAUUUACAAAUUUAGUGGCGAAUCUGAGGAUGAAAUUAUAAGCUAUUUUCGCUGUUCAAAGUGCGAUGAAUUGCAGCAGAACUCCUUUGUUUCAGCGAUUUCUGACAGAAACAAUACGGCUUGUGUGAAAGUUGUGAAGGGUCGAAUUGUUGGUGAAGCUCAUCCUCAACAUCACCCAGAUUGCUUGCCCAUCGAAAUGCAUACUCAUAUAGUCAAAUCUAGUAAAGAAAGCCAUGACGAUAUGAGACCAAUGAUCGUACGCGAAGCAUGGGCUGAGAAUGAAUUGCCCGUGAUGGAAAUGCAACAGUGCCAUUCCAAUGAACGGAUUAUUGUUGAUGAUGAAAAUUUUUCUGAGUGGGAUGAGAUGAGGGGCAGUAAAUUUGACGCAGAUAGGUUGAGAAGCAAGCGAUCUGUGGAAGGAAACCAUAUAAUCUAUGACGACUGCAUUGAUGUUGGAUCGGUUGUUUGCGUGCCGAUUUCAUCUGCUCCAACUUCACUUUCAGCAUGUUGUUGUAGACAGUUUUAUGAAGCCAAUCUUGAAAUUCAGGGUGAAAUUAUGCAAAAUUUGGCCGAAAUGAAGAUGAUUAGAAAAGCUGUUUUUGAACUGAUUUCAAGUUUAUUGGAAUCAAAAGGCGUGGUGAACAGAUUCUGUGGAUUGGGUGAAAUGCCAUUUUGUGUUUGA